AUGCUACAAAACGUUGUAGCUGCUGCUUGUGUUGUUGCUCUUUUGGUUGCUGGUGUUGCGGCCUCUGCUGCCGACAACGAUGAUGAUGGGUUCAAUCAAUCAUUCAUGGCUCAUACGUUGCCAAAUGCGGGGCCAAGUGUCAGCACAAGUCUCGGUGUUGGUCUAAGCCUCGGUGUCGAUCCCAAUCCCAAUCCCAGUCCCAUUUCCACUCCCACAUCCUUUCCCUUUCCUAGCGUCAGCUCAAGCCCGGAGCUGUUGCUGCUGCACAAUGACAAAUUUCUCACACAUUUCGCUCAACUGCUGAACAUAACGACUGAGAAUCUAACAAAUCUGCUUGGCAACAGCACAAAUGGCAGUGCGACAACAUUAACGACCGACUCCAUCGCCGAUGAAUCGCCCACGCUGCUCAUUGUGCUGACCGUCUGCUAUGCCAUCAUUUUCGUCGCCGGCGUUUUGGGCAAUCUAAUCACCUGCAUUGUCAUAUCGCGCAAUAACUUUAUGCACACGGCUACCAAUUUCUAUCUGUUCAAUUUAGCUGUCUCUGAUUUGAUUUUGCUCGUCUCAGGCAUACCACAGGAACUGUACAAUUUGUGGUGCCCCAACUCAUAUCCCUUCACGGACGGCAUAUGCAUACUGGAGAGCGUCCUGUCCGAGAUGGCUGCCAAUGCCACUGUGCUCACAAUUACAGCUUUUACCGUGGAGCGUUAUAUUGCCAUCUGCCAUCCAUUCCGGCAACACACCAUGUCGAAGUUAUCGCGAGCCAUUAAAUUCAUUUUUGCCAUUUGGAUGACAGCAUUUUUGCUGGCGCUGCCCCAAGCAAUGCAGUUCUCGGUGGUCAACCAGGAGGAUGGAUACUCUUGCACGAUGGAAAAUGACUUUUACGCCCAUGUAUUUGCGGUCUCUGGAUUUAUAUUCUUCUGCGGACCAAUGACGGCGAUCUGUGUGCUCUACGUGCUGAUUGGCAUGAAGCUAAAGCGGAGUCGUUUGCUGCAGGCGCUGCCACGGCGAGCCUACGAUGCGAAUCGGGGCGUUAAUGCGCAGAGUCGCGUCAUCAGAAUGUUGGUAGCUGUAGCCGUUGCGUUCUUUCUCUGCUGGGCUCCCUUCCAUGCCCAGCGACUGAUGGCCGUCUAUGGCGUCUCGCUGAUUAAUGUGUGCCGUUGCCAGGAAUCGUUCAACGAUUACUUCCGCAUACUUGACUACACAUCUGGCGUACUCUAUUUCCUAUCCACCUGCAUCAAUCCGCUGCUCUACAACAUCAUGAGCCACAAAUUUCGCGAGGCCUUCAAGAUCACAUUGACGCGCCAGUUUGGGUUGGCGAGAAACCAUCACCAUCAGCGUAGUCAGUACCAUCAGCACAACUACAGCGCACUGAUGCGACUCCAGGGUUCGAUGCGAUUGCAGCCAGCGAGUUGCAGCGUCAACAACAACGCCCUCGAGCCUUAUGGAUCGUAUCGUGUGGUGCAGUUCCGUUGCCGCGAUGCCAAUCAUCAGCUGUCGCUGCAGGAUAGCAUUCGCACGAACACCACAACCACAACAAUUAACAGCACCAGCCAGUCGGCUGUUGGUUCAGCUGGCGUUGGAGUCGGUGGCAGACGGUUGCGCAAGCAUGAGUUGUAUGCGGCAGCACCGUGUGGCAGCGCGGUGCCACAUCGCUUACUGCAGUCGCAAGUGUCGCGUAUGUCAUCGCUUAGCGAUGCCAACACUCACUCGGUGCUGGAAACCGAGGUAGGAGGAGCAGUGGGACGUGGCAAGCGCACCUUGCUAGCGACCAAUAAUGGCGCCUUGCUGCUAACGCCAUCAACCGAAUCUCCGGCAGAGGAAAAUGUGCAACAGCCAGCGACGACGCGACUGAAAUUAUCGCGUGUGAUAAGUCGACGCGAUGAGGCAGCAUACAGUGGCAGCUGCAGUCUGCCCGAGUCGGAUUCUUGCCACAGCAACACGGCUGACACCUCGUCGACGGAGGUGCGCAAGUUUCCGUGGCGCAAGAAACGUCAAAAGCGGAAUGUGGACCCUGGAAGAGACAGAGGAGGAGGAGGAGUUGCUGGUGUUGGCUACGCCACACCAAAGUCGCUGUGAUAAAACGCUGGCGUUGAUUGAAAAUGUCAAGCCAGCUGAUAGCUCUCUGCAGAACUUUAGAAGUAGCUAGUGUAGAUAGAAAUAAACGAGUAUUUGUCAUUCUUUAGUAUGAGUUA